CAAAAAUAAUGACACUACGGAAAGUAUCGCUUUUGGUGGAAUUACAACAAGGCCAUUCAGUCUUUGGAUUAUAAAUGCUCCUUUCAAAUCCCGUAAACAUUACAGCGUUAGCAAAGUUCGUCAACCUCAAAAGAACCCUGAACUCGAGUUUUAUAUUAAGCGUCGACUGCAACAUUUCAAGGCACUAAGAUCCUUUACUUACUCACACAAAGGUCAAAUCCAAGGGCUUGCUAAAAAUAUAUGUAAAAACAUAUCUCUUCACCAAGAACGUUGA